CGCCCUCCCGCUCCAUGGGAUCCAGCGAUUCGAAGCCUCGCGCCUCCAUCCCGGAAUUUUCCCCAAUUUUUUGCACGCCAAGUCUCGCCCAAAUCGGCCGGUCGUAGGGUGUAUUUUCUGAGCGGGAUGGGGGUGGCUGGCUAGAUUGCGUCUAGACUUGUUUCGGCGGAUUAUGUUGUUAUUAGUUUUUCUGUGACGACCAUGGCGGUGUCUUGAUUGGAGCUUGAAAGGAUUGUGUAGCCAUGGAUAAGGGCCUCUUCGCCAACGACGGCUCCUUCAUGGAGCGGUUCAAGCAGAUGCAGCAGGAGAAGGACAAGGAGAAGGCCACCCCCACCAGUGCCUCGGCCUCGGCCCCGGCAGCGGCGCCCAAGCUCGUGAACCCCAAGACGCCUAUUGUCAUCCCCAUGAACAAGAGGCCGCUCGAGGCGAAGAAGGCCGUGCCCGUCUUGUCGGGCGGGAAGCUGGCCUUCAGCCUGAAGAAGAACAAGGCCCCCAUCUUGCCCGUCAAGUUCGGGGCCGAGGAGGAGGACGACGAAGAUGAUGUGGGCGGCGUGAAGAGGGAGGAUCACGCGAAGCGGCACAAGUCUACUGAUGCCCCCUCGGCAGCUGCCCCAGCAGGGGCUGUUGCCUCAGCAACACCAAAUGAUAUGACUGUCAGGCAGGUUGCUGACAAAUUAGCAAGCUUUGUCGCAAAAAACGGGAGACAGUUUGAGGAUAUCACACGGCAGAGGAAUCCUGGGGAUACACCAUUCAAGUUUCUAUUUGAUAAGAACUCUUCAGACUACAAAUAUUAUGAGACCCGGCUUGCUGAAGAGGAAAAAGUGCUUGCACAAACAAAAGAUGCUCAGGCUUCAAAAAUUGUUAAUUCUAGCACUGAAAGCUCCAGAGCACAUAGUGGUUCGCAUAGAAGCUCAUUUGAACCCAAAUCGAACUAUCAAACACCUGCUUCUGCUUUAUAUGGGGCAUAUGAGGGCAGUUCUUCUCAGGGAAACUCAUCUAGUCAUGGUGAUCACAGUAUGUCUGCACCCUCAGACCCAGUAGCAUUGAUGGAAUUCUACAUGAAGAAAGCUGCACAGGAAGAACGGAAGAGACCACCAAGACAGUCGAAAGACGAAAUGCCACCACCUCCUUGCCUUGUUCAGGGUACCUUUCUUGCAUUUAUUAUCUCCAUUGCUCUGUUGGUAGGCUGUAGAGACUUUGAUAUUUAUUGUAGUACAAUUUUUUCUGUCUUUCCAGGUCCUCCUAAGAAGGGACACCACAUGGGUGACUUCAUUCCUCAGGAAGAACUUGAGAAAUUCAUGGCACGCUGUAAUGAUGCUGCAGCACAAAAGGCUACCAAAGAAGCUGCAGAGAAGGCUAAGAUUCAGGCUGACAAUAUUGGGCACAAGCUUCUGUCUAAGAUGGGCUGGAGGGAAGGUGAGGGUCUUGGCAGCGAGAGAAGUGGCCGUGCAGAUCCAGUUAUGGCUGGAGAUAUUAAACAGGACCAUCUUGGUGUUGGUGCUGUCCAACCUGGUGUGGUCUCAUCUGAAGAUGACAUCUAUGAGCAAUACAAGAAGCGAAUGAUGCUUGGCUACCGCCAUAGGCCAAACCCACUGAACAACCCAAGGAAACAAUACUACUGAUACAAGGGAGGCCAGCCGAGGGGGAAGACAAAAGCCAAGAAGUUCAUUUUGUUCAGCAAGUAACUUGGGAUACCACAGCUCUGGGGCUUCCUGGGUUCCGCAGUAGCUUUGCUUUUGUACUAUUCGUUUUUGUCAAGUUAAAUACUCUGAAUAUUCUAUGUAGUGUUUUAUGCUAAAGCUUAUAUCUUUAAAAUGGUUAUGUGUUUCUACCUCUGGUGAUGGACAAUGUAACUUUUGUGAUUAUGCAACUUUGUGUCGGAAUUUACUUCAGCUGAGUUAUGUUUCUUAUAUUGUGUAAUGCAAAAGCAAGGGGGCAACGCUUGUGUUUGUUGCUUUGA